AUGGCCAAGUUGAAUUUCCUUCUUUUGGCUGGCUUUGCCGCUAAGCUGGCUGCUGCCAAGGAUGUCCAUCUCGACUGGAACGUCACUUGGGUCAAUGCCUCCCCGGAUGGUUAUCAACGACCGGUCAUUGGUAUCAACAACCAAUGGCCCUGUCCCCAGGUGGAUGUGGACCUUGGCGACCGGAUCAUUGUGGAUGUAUACAAUGGACUGGGAAACCAGUCUACGGGUAUUCACUGGCACGGCUUCCACCAAUACCAUAACGGUGUCAUGGAUGGUUCCAGCUCAGUGACUCAAUGUCCUAUUGCCCCUGGCCAGCGGAUGACAUAUAGUUUCGACGUGAACCAAACCGGAACUUACUGGUAUCACUCGCACAACAUGGGCCAAUAUCCGGAUGGAUUCCGUGGUGCCUUUAUCGUUCAUGACCCCAAGCCCCCAUUCCACUACGAUGAUGAGUUCACCAUUACUCUCAGCGACUGGUACCACCGUGAAAUGGCCGAUCUGCUCCAUGAGUACCAAUCGCAGGAGAACUUGGAAGCCUUUGCUGGCAACGAGCCCGUCCCUAACUCGGCUCUGAUCAACGACUCCACCAAAACCAAGAUCAAGGUCGAGCCCAACAAGACAUACCUUGUCCAUAUCAUCUGUGUUGGCAACUGGCCCGGUCACACCUGGGUCCUGGAUGGCCACGAGAUGACCGUCGUCGAAGUUGAUGGAGUGUACACCGAGCCCUAUGUUACGGGCAACAAGAUGCUUCGUGUUGCUCCGGGUCAGCGCACGAGUGUCCUCAUCCACACGAAGCCUGAUACCAGCAAGAACUUUGCUAUCUGGAAUACCAUGGAUAUCAACAUGAUGUUCAUCUACGAGGGCCGGACGAUCCCAGCCAAUUACAACCCCAACGUCACUGCCUGGCUUGUCUAUGACGAGGCGAAGCCUUUGCCUCCCCCGCCCGUUCUGCACGAGUUUGACUUUGCCGAUGAUGUCGAAUUUGUCCCACUGGAUAGGGAACCUCUGCUGCAGCCAGUCAACAAGCAAAUCAUCAUCGACACCUUCUCUACUGAGAUCGACGGUGUCCGGCGCUUCACCAUCAACAACAAAACUUAUAUUCCUCAGGAAGUGCCCACUCUGUACACGGCGAACACCAUCGGCAAAGAUCUCGCAUCUAACCCAGCCGUGUACGGUCAAGUCAACCCAUUCAUUGUCAACUACGGCGAUGUCGUCGAGAUCGUAGUCAACAACCACCACAACAACCUGCACCCAUGGCACCUUCACGGCCACGAGUUCCAAGUUCUACAGCGCACCUCCGUUGAUGGUGGCUACUUUACGGGAGCCUACUCGCCAAACGUCUCGCAGACCCCGAUCCGUCGUGACACGAUCAUGGUCCAGAACCACGGUCACGCCGUGCUCCGCUUCCGCGCGAAUAACCCCGGUGUCUGGUUGCUGCACUGCCACGUCGAAUGGCAUGUUGAAGCUGGUCUCGUCGCCACGAUCAUCGAAGCUCCCGAGACAUUCCCGGAGUCUCAAGAUGCCCCUCCACAGAGUCACUAUGAUACUUGUGCUGCUUAUCCUGAUCCUACCAAUGGUAAUGCCGCCGGGAAGCAAGGUCUUGAUCUCACCGGUGCCAACACAGAGAUUGACACUGACUCUCAUGGUGCUAUGUAUAAUCACAAGGGUGCCGCUUCUUCUGCUCCGGCGUCUUCUGCUCCAGCCGCUGCGCCUGCUCCUCAGCAGCCCCAGACUACUUCGUCUCUGCCUGCACCUGCAGCGUCUGCCCCUCAAAGCACCCAGUCUUCUACCCCACCGGCUGCUCCUGCACCCGAGCCCACUCAGGCGCCUCCUCCUGCCCAGCCACCGAAAUCUACUCCUACUCAUUCACGUCCGCCUCAUCAAAAACCCGAGCCUCAGGUGCCGGAAGUUGCCGCGCAGCCUCAAGACACUGCUCAGCAGCCUACUCCUCAAGUUGCGCCCCAGGCCACGGUCCCAGAAGCUCUCACGCAACCCGCACAGCCCGCUCAGGAAGCUGCUCAGCCGCCUACUUCUCAAGCUUCCGUGCCUCAGCCGGAGGUUCCUGCGCCCCUCGCCCCGGCCCCAGAAGCCCCCGCGCAGCCCGCUCAGGAAGCUGCUCAGCCGCCUACUUCUCAAGCUUCCGUGCCUCAGCCGGAGGUUCCUGCGCCUCUCGCCCCUGCCCCAGAAGCUCCCGCGCAGCCUCAAGACACCGCCCAGCAGCCUGCUCCAGAAGUUUCUGAGCCUCAGCAGGAGCUUCCCGCAUAUCAACCCGCUUCUUCUGCUUGGCCCGAGUACCCCGACUAUCCUGCUGCCAAGCCUUUGGAGGCUGUCCCCGUCUACCCUGUGCCCCUGGCACCACCUCCGCAUGACGACCCAAUCUACGUGGAUCAGCACGAUAGCAACGGUCCUUGGCCUCAGCCUCACACUGAUGAAAGCCAUGCCCAAGUUGGAGACGGUCCAGAUGCGGACUAUGCCUACUCUCAGGAUACCAAGGGUCCAUGGCCCAACCCUCACAGUGACGUGUCCCACGCACAGAUCGGUGACGGACCUGGUGGACAACCCAUCAUUGCUCACAAUGAGGACAUCAAGGGCCCGUGGCCUAAUACACACGAGAACAGCGGCUACGUUCAAGCAGGUGGCCACAUCAUCCAGACUCACGACAAUGGUCCCAAUGACCUUCCCCAGGGAUACGAGUACUGGCAACAGUACGAGCAUUAG